AUGAUUUUUCCCCGAGCAUAUGGCGCAUUUGUGCUUUUGAGUGCUUCGAUUGUAUCGGCUCUUCCCAAGCGUCAAUCUGCUCCAAGCAAUUUCACCUUCAGCACCGUGGGCACGGUUCCUGGAGCGGUCAACCUGGAAAAUUUGGCAGUCCGACACAACGGCGAUGUCUUGGUGACCUCUAUCCGCAGCAAUACUCUCUUCCAGGUCUCUCCGUCUAGGAACACGACUGCUAGUGAGGUGGUCCAGAUCCCUGAUGUGACCGGACUGACAGGCAUUGUCGAACUCGAAAAGGAUGUCUUCUACGUCGCUGGAACCAACUUAACAGGCUCCAGUUCCUCUCCAGGGUCAAAUGGUGUUUGGAGAGUCGACCUGCGCAACUCCUCGAUUGAUGGCAAUGGAUGUGUCGUACAGGUGAUCGCGCUAUCACAAGUGGCAGACCUCUUAUCUACCCAAUUGAUCAAUGGAUUUAGUAGUCUUGCACCCAAUGACACAUCCCACCUCCUCUUUUCUGACUCUGUUGCCGGCUUGGUCAGCAUCCUGGACGUGGAGACUGGCUUGUCAGAAGUCGUCGUCAAAGAUCCAUCCAUGAAUGUCGUUCCAGGAGGAUUGAACGUUGGCGUCAACGGUAUCGAAACGUAUGGCGAUCGUCUUUUCUUCACCAGUCUCGAUCAGCACUUGUUUGCAUCUGUGUCGAUCUCAUUGUCCACUGGUCAUGCUACUGGACCUGUCGUGCCAACCGUCAAUAUCACCGGCUCGGCAGAUGAUUUUGCAUUAUCUAGGGAUGGGCGCACAGCAUUCAUUUCGUUGAAUGGGGGCAAUGCAAUUCUUGAGGUCGAUAUUGCAUCCAAAAGCAGUCGCUACAUCGGAAGUCCUCUGCUUGAAAGCAUAUCUUCUGUUGCGCUGUCUGGAAGCAGAGAUCAGUUCGGAUCGGAGUCAUUAUACAUCAGCGGAGCUAUCAUGGUGGACAACACGACCACUAUCGGUGGUCUGUUCAAGGCGCAACCUUGCUUCGGGGUCGGAUGUGCUGUUCAAGGAAUCUGA